UUCCUUUUUUUCCGCUCUCCCCUCCCUCACAUUUUUUUUUUUUUUGCCAAAGGCAUUAGCUUACACAAAGUGAAGGAACUGUUCGCACCGGGUGGGGAAAACAGAAAACGAAAGAACUCAGCAUCAGAUACCGUCUUACCUGGAGAGAAAACUUUCCUCUUGGGGGGAAAAAAAGAAUGCGGUAAAGAAAAAUAAAAGGAACGUUUCUUCUAAACAGGUGUGCGCACUUCAGCAGAGAACUACAGCGCAGCUUCGGCUUUUCUGAUUGGCCCGGCCCCGGAGAUGGACGUGAAGGAACGGCACCACCGCUCCCUGAACCGCGGAGGCUGCGGGAAGGAGGCGCACUACACCUCCGCCUCCCUGGACGGGGAGGACUGCCGCGUGCCCACCCAGAAGUCCUACAGCUCCAGCGAGACGCUCAAGGCCUACGACCGGCACGACCCGCGGCUGCACUACACCGGCUGCAUGACCGAGCUCGUUCACCGCGAGGUCAGCGAGUACUCCCGCCAAGGGAACUUCACGCUGGCGGAGCUGGGCCUGUGCGAGCCCCCGUCCCACCCGGGCGCGUACUGCCCUGACCUGGGCCUGCUGCAGCGCAGCUGCUCCCUGAGCGCCGGCUCCGACGGCGACUCCGACCCCGAGGGGGGCAUGUCCCCCGAGCGCGCCGUCCAGCUGUGGGGCGGCUGCUCCUCCAGGUCCCACCGCAGCUCCGGCCCGUCCAGCCGAGAGAACUCGGCCCUCACCCUCACCGACUCCGACAACGACAACAAGUCUGAGGACGAGUCAGGCCGCCCCCUCCCUCCCACUCCUGCGUCCAGCCUGCUCCCCCCCGCCCCCCCUCCCCCCCCUGACCCGCUGCACCCCGUCCCCCCCACCGUGCGGGAGUGUCAGAUGCCCCUGCUGGAGAGCAGCUCCCCCCACCCCAUCCUGGAGCCCCACCCCGACGACCAGUUCUCCCCCAACGCCUAUCUGUUCCGCGGCUGUCCCCCCCCUCCACAACUGCCCCCUACGGGUCCUCCCAACCACCACAGCCAAUCAACGCUGAGGCCCCCCCUGCCCCCGCCCCACAGCCACCCCACCCUGUCCCACCACCAGUCCUCCGCCAACUCCCUGAACCGCAACACCCUGGCGGGGCGGCGGAACCCGGUCCACGCGCCCGUGGUCGCCCCCGGCGACGGCCCCACCACGCCCGAGUCCGUGCAGCUGCAGGACAGCUGGGCGCUCAACAGCAGCGUUCCCCUGGAGACCAGGCACUUCCUGUUUAAGACGUCGUCGGGGACCACGCCUCUGUUCAGCAGCUCGUCGCCGGGGUACCCCCUGACCUCCGGGACGGUGUACUCGCCCCCGCCCCGGCUGCUGCCCCGGAACACCUUCUCCCGCAGCGCCUUCAAGCUGAAGAAGCCCUCCAAGUACUGCAGCUGGAAGUGUGCGGCCCUGUCCGGGAUCACCGCCGCCGCCCUGCUGGCCGUGCUGCUGUCCUACUUCAUAGCCAUGAACCUGCUCGGGCUCAACUGGCAGCUGAAGCCUGCCGCCAGUCACGUGAUCAGCAAUGGCCUCAGCACAGGGUUACCGGGCAACAACGACGUGGCUACGGUGCCCUCUGGAGGCAGAGGGCCCUGGCCGUUCCGGAACACCAGCAUCGACACGGGCGAGCUGGAGGUGGGCCGGCGCCUGACGCAGGAGGUUCCGCCCGGCGUGUUCUGGAGGACCCUGAUGCACCUCGGCCAGCCACAGUUCCUCAAGUUCAACAUCUCUCUGGGCAAGGACGCGCUCUUCGGGGUCUACAUCCGCAAGGGCCUGCCCCCCUCUCACGCACAGUAUGACUUCAUGGAGCGUCUGGACGGAAAGGAGAAGUGGAGCGUGGUGGAGUCGCCGCGGGAACGGCGCAGCAUCCAGACGGUGGUUAUGAACGAGGCCGUGUUUGUGCAGUACCUGGACCCGGGCACCUGGCACCUGGCCUUCUACAACGACGGGAAGAACAAGGAGCCUGUGUCCUUUAGCACUGUGGUGCUGGAUUCCGCGCAAGAAUGCCCCCGGAAUUGCCAUGGCAACGGAGAAUGCGCGUCGGGCAUCUGCCACUGCUUCCCAGGGUUCCACGGGGUGGACUGCUCCAAAGCUGCCUGCCCGGUCCUGUGCAGUGGUAACGGUCAGUACGAGAAGGGGGCGUGUAUCUGCUACAGCGGGUGGAAGGGCUCUGAAUGCGACGUUCCCAUUGGCCAGUGUGUGGACCCCCAGUGCAGCGGCCAUGGCACCUGCUCGGGUGGCGCCUGCUCCUGCGCCCGGGGGUACAAGGGAGAGCUCUGUGCCGAAGUGGACUGCCUGGACCCCACCUGCUCCAGUAACGGGAUCUGUGUGAGCGGGGAGUGCCACUGCAAGCCGGGCUGGGCUGGGGCUGUGUGUGAGCUGCCCCGCUCUCAGUGCCCCGACCAGUGCCACGGCCACGGGGUCUACGUCCCCGACACGGGGGUCUGCAGCUGCGACCCCAGCUGGAUGGGCCCGGACUGCUCCACCGAGGUGUGCUCGGUGGACUGCGGGACGCACGGCGUGUGUGUGGGCGGGGCCUGCCGCUGUGAGGACGGCUGGACGGGCGGGGAGUGCGCCCAGCGCGUCUGCAGCCCCCAGUGCAUCAAACACGGCUCCUGCAGGGACGGCAAGUGCGAGUGUCAGCAGGGCUGGAACGGAGAGCACUGCACCAUCGAUGGAUGUCCCAACCUGUGCAACGGGAACGGGCAGUGCAUUCUGGGACAGAACAGCUGGCACUGCCAGUGCCAGAUCGGCUGGAGGGGGGCGGGCUGCAGCGUCGCCAUGGAGACGUCCUGCUCCGACAACAAGGACAACGAAGGAGACGGACUGACAGACUGCAUGGACCCGGACUGCUGCAUCCAGAGCCCCUGCCUGACCAAUCCGCUGUGCCGAGGGUCACGUGACCCUCUGCAGAUCAUUCAGCAGAACCAAUCGCCCGCUCCGAAAGUGAGGUCGUUCUACGACAGGGUGAAGCUGCUCGUGGGAAAGGACAGCACACACAUCAUCCCAGCAGACAACCCGUUUAAUGCCAGCCUGGCGUCUCUGAUCCGGGGGCAGGUGCUCACCACCGACGGGACCCCCCUGGUGGGCGUGAACGUGUCCUUCGUCAAACACCCCCACUACGGCUACACCCUCACGCGCCAGGACGGAACGUUCGACCUGAUAGCGAACGGGGGCGCCUCUCUGACCCUGCGUUUCGAGCGCGCCCCGUUCCUCAGUCAGGAGCGCACCGUGUGGCUGCCCUGGAACACGUUCGUUGCCAUGGACACGCUGGUGAUGAAGACGGAGGAGAACACCAUCCCCGGCUGUGACCUCAGCGGGUUCGUGCGCCCAGACCCCAUCGUGGUGUCCUCACCCCUGUCCUCCUUCUUCAGCUCCAACCCCGCCGAGAAGCCCAUCAUCCCCGAGACCCAGGUUCUCCAUGAGCAGAUAGACAUCCCGGGCACCAGUCUGCGGCUGUGCUACCUCAGCUCCCGCACCUCGGGGUACCGGUCCCUGCUGAAGGUCACCAUGACCCAGGCGCUGGUGCCCCUCAGCCUGCUGAAGGUGCACCUGAUGGUGGCCGUAGAGGGACACCUCUUCCAGAAGUGGUUCCACUCCUCCCCCAACCUGGCCUACACCUUCAUCUGGGACAAGACCGACGCCUACAACCAGAGGGUCUACGGGCUGUCAGAGGCCGUGGUGUCAGUGGGAUAUGAGUAUGAGACUUGCCCCAGUCUCAUCCUGUGGGAGAAGCGGACAGCAGUGCUCCAGGGCUAUGAGCUGGACCCCCCCAACCUGGGGGGCUGGUCUCUGGACAAACACCACAUCCUCAACAUACGCAGCGGGAUCCUGCACAAGGGCAGCGGGGAGAACGUCUUCACGUCCCAGCAGCCUCCCGUCAUCCAGAGCAUCAUGGGAAACGGGCGUCGCCGGAGCAUCUCCUGCCCCAGCUGCAACGGGCUGGCGGACGGCAACAAGCUGCUGGCCCCCGUGGCCCUGGCCGUGGGCAUCGACGGCAGCCUCUACGUGGGAGACCUCAACUUCAUACGCAGGGUGUACCCCUCCCUCAACACCACCGGCAUCCUGGAGCUCAGAAACAAAGAUUUUAGACACAGCAACAACCCGACGCACAAGUACUACCUGGCGGUGGACCCCGUCUCCGGCUCGCUGUUUCUCUCCGACACCAACUCUCGGCGGAUCUACCGCGUGCGGUCGCUGACGGGGGCGCGGCUCCUGUCCGAUAACGCCGAGGUGGUGGCCGGGACGGGCGAGCAGUGCGUGCCCUUCGACGAGGCGCGGUGCGGGGACGGGGGCAAGGCUGUGGAGGCCAUGCUGAUGAGCCCCAGAGGCAUCGCCGUGGAUAAGAACGGGCUCAUGUACUUCGUGGACGCCACCAUGAUCCGGAAGGUGGACCAGAACGGGAUCAUCUCCACGCUCCUGAGGACCAACGACCUCACGGCCGUGCGUCCGCUCAGCUGCGACUCCAGCAUGGACGUCAGCCAGGUUCGUUUGGAGUGGCCCACGGACCUGGCGGUGAACCCGAUGGACAACUCCCUGUACGUGCUGGAGAACAACGUGAUCCUGCGCAUCACGGAGAACCACCAGGUGAGCAUCAUCGCCGGGCGGCCCAUGCACUGCCAGGUGCCCGGCAUCGACUACUCCCUGAGCAAGCUGGCCAUCCACUCGGCCCUGGAGAGCGCCACGGCCAUCGCCAUCUCCCACGCCGGCGUGCUGUACAUCUCCGAGACGGACGAGAAGAAGAUCAACCGCGUGCGGCAGGUCAGCACGGCGGGCGAGAUCUCCCUGCUGGCGGGCGCCGCGUCCGAGUGCGACUGCAAGAACGACGUCAACUGCAACUGCUUCUCCGGGGACGACGGCUACGCCACCGACGCCGGCCUCAACUCGCCCACCUCGCUGGCGGCCUCGCCCGACGGCACGCUGUUCAUCGCCGACCUCAACAACAUCCGCAUCCGGGCGGUGAGCAGCAACCGCCCCGCCCGCACGGCCAGCGGCCGCUACGAGGUGGCCUCUCCCCGCGACCAGGAGCUGUACGUGUUCGGGCCGGACGGCCGCCACCUGCAGACCGUCAGCCUGGUCACCGGGGAGCCGCUGUACAACUUCUCGUACGGGGCGGACGGCGAGCUGGCGGCGGCGGUGGACAGCUGUAACAACACCGUGCGCGUCCGGAGGGACGGGGCGGGGCAGGGGGGCGCCGGGGCCCUCAGGCUGGUCCUGCUGCCCGAGAACCAGGUGGUCACGCUGGCCCUGGACCCCGCCGGGGGCCUGAGGGCCGUCUCCGCGCUCAACCAGGAGGUGGCGCUGCUGAGCUACGCCGGGAACACGGGGCUGCUGGCCUCCAAGGCCGACGAGACCGGGUGGACCACCUUCUACGAGUAUGACAGUGAGGGCCGCCUGACCAACGUCAGCUACCCCACGGGCGUGGUCACCAGCCUGCACCGCGAGAUCGAGCGCUCCAUCAACAUCGACAUCGAGAGCUCCAACAGGGACGACGACGUCACCGUGGUGACCAACCUCUCGUCUGUGGAGGCAUCUUACUCCGUGGUGCAAGACCAAGUGCGGAACAGCUACCAGCUGUGCAACAACGGCACCAUGCGCGUGAUGUACGCCAACGGGAUGGGCAUCAGCUUCCACACGGAGCCCCACGUGCUGGCGGGGUCCGUCAGCCCCACCAUCGGCCGCCGAAACAUCACCCUGCCCUCCGACAACGGCCUCAACUCCAUCGAGUGGCGUCUGCGCAAGGAACAGACCAAGGGCAAGGUCACCGUGUUCGGCAGGAAGCUGCGGGCCCACGGGAGGAACCUGCUCUCCAUCGACUUCGACCGCAACACGCGCACGGAGAAGAUCUACGACGACCACCGCAAGUUCACGCUGCGCAUCAUGUACGACGCGCAGGGCCGGCCCAUCAUGUGGCUGCCCAGCAGCAGCCUGGCGGUGGUCAACGUGUCGUACUCGGCCACGGGCCAGCUGGUGGGGCUGCAGCGCGGCAGCAUGAGCGAACGCACCGAGUUCGACUCGCUCGGACGCAUCGCCUCCCGCACCUUCGUGGACGGGAAGGUGUGGAGCUACAGCUACCUGGACAAGUCCAUGGUGCUGCUCCUGCAGACGCAGCGUCAGUACGUGUUCGAGUACGACGGCUGCGGCCGCAUCACCGCGGUGACGGUGCCCAGCGUGGCGCGCCACACCAUGUCCACGCACGUGUCGGUGGGCUACAUCCGCAACGUGUACAACCCGCCCGAGAGCAACGCCUCCGUCAUCCACGACUUCAGCGAGGACGGGCGCCCCCUGGCCACCCACUACCUGGGCACGGGCCGCCGCGUUCUGUACAAGUACGGCAAGCUGGCCAAGCUCUCCGAGGUGCUGUACGACAGCACGGCCGUGACCUUCGGCUACGACGAGACGGCGGGCGUGCUGAAGAUGGUGAGCCUCCAGAGCGGCGGCUUCUCCUGCACCAUCCGCUACCGCAAGAUGGGCCCCCUGGUGGACAAGCAGAUGUACCGCUUCUCCGAGGAGGGCAUGGUGAACGCGCGCUUCGACUACACCUACCACGACAACAGCUUCCGCAUCGCCAGCGUCAAGCCCGUCAUCAGCGAGACGCCGCUGCCCGUCGACCUCUACCGCUACGACGAGAUCUCCGGCAAGGUGGAGCACUUCGGCAAGUUCGGCGUCAUCUACUACGACAUCAACCAGAUCAUCACCACCGCCGUCAUGACCCUCAGCAAGCACUUCGACACGCACGGGCGCAUCAAGGAGGUGCAGUACGAGAUCUUCCGCUCGCUCAUGUACUGGAUGACGGUGCAGUACGACAGCAUGGGCCGGGUGGUGAAGCGCGAGCUGAAGAUCGGCCCGUACGCCAACACCACGCAGUACCGCUACGAGUACGACGGCGACGGCCAGCUGGUGGCCGUCAAGGUCAACGACUGGGCCACCUGGCGCUACAACUACGACCUCAACGGCAACCUGCACCUGCUCAACCCCGGCAACGGCGCCCGGCUGCUGCCGCUGCGCUACGACCUGCGCGACCGCAUCAACCGCCUGGGCGACGUGCAGUACCGGCUGGACGAGGACGGCUUCCUGUGCCAGCGGGGGGCCGACGUCUUCCACUACAACUCCAAGGGGCUGCUGGUGCGGGCCUACGGGCUGCCCCCCGGCGGCUGGAGCGUGCAGUACCACUACGACGGGCUGGGCCGCCGGGUCUCCAGCAGAACCAGCCUGGGCCAGCACCUCCAGUUCUUCUACGCCGACCUGAACCACCCGGCGCGGGUCACGCACGUCUUCAACCACUCCAGCUCGGCCAUCAGCACGCUGUACUACGACCUGCAGGGCCACCUCUUCGCCAUGGAGGUGAGCAGCGGGGAGGAGUACUACGUGGCCUCCGACAACACGGGCACCCCGCUGGCCGUCUUCAGCAGCAACGGGCAGAUGAUCAAACAGCUGCAGUACACGGCGUACGGCGAGGUGUACCACGACUCCAACCCCGACUUCCAGAUGGUGGUGGGGUUCCACGGGGGGCUGUACGACCCGCUCACCAAGCUGGUGCACUUCACCCAGCGCGACUACGACGUGCUGGCGGGGCGCUGGACCUCCCCCGACCACGGCCUCUGGGCCAAGAUAGGCAAGGACCCGGCGCCCUUCAACCUGUACUCCUUCAAGAACAACAACCCGCUCAGCGACGUGCUCGACGUCAAGAACUACGUCACAGAUGUGAAGAGCUGGCUGGUGAUGUUCGGGUUCCAGCUCAGCAACAUCAUCCCCGGGUUCCCCCGGCACUCCCUGUACUUCGUGGACCCGCCCUACGAGCUGCUGGCCAGUCAGGACAGCGAGAAGGCGCAGCUGAUCACAGGGGUGCAGCAGGAGACGGAGCGGCAGAACCAGGCCUUCAUGGCCCUGGAGGGGCAGCUGCUGAACAAGGAGCGCAGGGGCAAGCGGCCCAAACCCGGGCACUGGUUCGGCACCACGCCCCCCAUCGUGGGCCGGGGCGUGAUGCUGGCGGUGAAGGCGGGUCACGUGACCGCGGCCGUCUCCAGCGGGGCGAGCGAGGACGCCCGCAAGGUGGCGCAGGUGCUCAACGGCGCCACCCACCUGGAGGGCACGCACUACACGCUGGACGGCCGCGACUGCCACUUCUUCGUCAAGGUGGGGCCCCCGGACGGCGACCUGCUGGCGCUGGGGCUGACGGGCGGCCGGAAGGCUCUGGAAGGCGGCGUGAACGUGACGGUGGGCGGCCGCACCCGCCGGGCCGCCACGGUGGAGUUCCGCUCGCCCUCGCUCUCCCUCAGCGUGCGCUACGGCCCCGCCGCCGACGUGCUGGACAAGGAGCGCGCCCGCGUGCUGGAGCUGGCCCACCAGAGGGCGCUGUCGGGCGCCUGGGCGCGGGAGCAGCGCCGGGCGCAGGAGGGGAAGGAGGGGGGCAGGCUGUGGACCGAGGGGGAGAGGCAGCAGCUGGUCUCCACGGGCAGGGUGCAGGGGUACGAGGGGUACUACGUGCUCCCUGUGGAGCAGUACCCCGAACUGGCCGACAGCAGCACCAACAUCCAGUUCCUGAGACAGAACGAGAUGGGCAAGAGGUAACAGCGCCCCCUCCUGGUCAAGACACUGCCCUCUCUUUCCCUCCCUCCCUCCCUCCCUCUGCCCUCUUCCUCUCCUCUCUCCUCCUGUCCUGUCCUCUCCUCUCUUCUCCGACAGAGACUAAACGGAAUAGUGCUUUGGACACUGCAGGGACUUUCAAGAAGAAAAAAAAAAAAAAACAUUUACAAAAAACGGAUCAAUGUCGCAGACGAAGAAAAAAAAUAUUUCGUAAAAGACAGCUGAUUUAAAAAAAAAAAAAGCACUGAAAACUAAUGUUGAAAACAGAACUUUUUUCUGAGGAGAAAAAAGUUACAAAAAAAAGCAUUUAAAAAUAAAUUAUUUUUCCACCCAUUUGUUUGGGGGAUGGGGGGUUGGGGGAGGGGUUUUGUGGGAUUUAAGAUGGACGGAUGGAUGUUCUUUGGAAAAAAUAAUAAUAAUACGAGACUGAACACAGAGCUUAAUGUUAUUCUGGGCCGAGGGGGGAAGAGACCGAUGGAUCUAAAAGAGGAAAAACUCCCGUCUCAGGCCUCGUGACCAGCCUCACAGAACAACUACAAUCUGCUGACACCGUCAGUUUCAAGAACUAUGAGCUUAUUUCUUAAAAAAUAAACAAAUAAAUAAAAAUAGAUCAAGUACAGUCCAAUGUUUUUGGUUUUUAUUUUUUAGAGUAAAAGAACGACGAUGGCUAUGUUAGCAGUUAGUAAUGUCAGACCUGGCUUAUUUAGUCUUUGCAGACGUUUUUGGGGAUGUACUUCAGUUUUGUACAGUUUCCAUCAAGGUAGAAUUGUGAUUUUUCUUUUUCUUUUCACACCAAGCCAUUUCUGUACAGGAUAAGCAAGAUAAUUCACAUCAGUUAAGAAGUAAGAGCAAAACUGCUGUCAAAAUCUAUUUAUUUGAUGUUUCGUCAUCUAUUUAUUGUUAUUUUUCUUAGUAUACUAUGACAAUCAUGAAGGGGUUGCCAGUUUUACUGAAGAGGAUAUACAUUGGUGUAUGUUUUUCUUUUGUACAAUAUGUAAGAAUUGUUCAUUCAGAUUUUUUAUAUUAAUUUUAAUUUGCUGAUUAGCAAAUUGUAGUCACAAAAAAAAUAAUAUAUGUAAAGUGUUUUAAAAUUGUUUAUACUUUAAAUAAAGUCUUUGAAACUGUGAAGAAACACUGCUUUCAAAUACCUGUAUGUAAAGCGUACAGAUUUAACGUUAUGCCAUAUAAUAGACUGUUUAAAAUGGUUCCGAGUUAUUUCAACCUAACUGGAAGUGGUAUGGUACUAUGUGUGCAAAACUAUAAGUAGAAUUGCAUCUCUAGAAUUUGGUAACACACAAAUAUCUCCGAUGUGCACAUACUAAUAUUGUAUUACAUAAUGAUGUAUUUAUUAUAUUGCUAUUUAUUAUGUGUUUCCGUGGCAAUGCGGAAGUAAAUUUCCAUUUGCGCGCUGGCCGAAACUGCAAGUGCGGAGAUCCGCCUCUUCUGAAACGAGGUCUGUGGCAUUCUGGGUAAUGAAGAUGCGGGUGUGAUCGAGCGGGUGGAAAACGCAGGCGGCGAUAAUGAGCGGCCGGCUGAUUUUCGUUUCAUUUAUUUUUUCCAUUUUAUUUUAUUUUUGGUGGUAGUUUGUAACACAAAUGUUGUAUAGGCUACUGUAACCUACUAGCAUCUGUUUUCUCCGUGGAUAAAUGAUGUAUAACAGAAGUAGCGUAAUGUUAAUAACUGCCAAAAUAGUUCGGUUAUAUGUAUUAUUUUUAGCAUCUUGCAAAUGUAGAUUUGUGAACAUCACUGAGUGUGUGAUAAUCGCUGUUGUACAGUUUGCUACUUGACCGUGGCCACUAGAUGGCCACAUAAACAUAAAUUUCCCUCUUUUUUGGACA